AUGUCGGUGACAACGCCUGGCUCAAGCGGUCACGGUCAACAGACCUUUCCGCAGGAUGUGUACGGGAACGAGGGACGAGACAUUGACGGACACGAUGAUUCCGACAGCGACGAUCCCGUGUUGAGGCAUCAACGCGACGAGGCACUGUUCGCUGACGAUCCGCUUGCACAGAGCCCUGAGGACCCCAUUUCUUUUAAGCGCAAACAGAAACGGCCCGCUCGUUUCCGCCUAGGGAAUCUCUUCUCCAACAGCGCCGGCGGCUCACCCCCAAGACCUAAUCAAUCGACGUCCCAAGUCGCAAGAGAGGAUUCUUUACAAGGGUUGUCCAGUUCCUCCGGGUUUCAUGGGCAGUCCACUACUCACGGAGGCAUCGACGGUUUCAAAGAAGGAGGACCGCUAGAUUGCGGUCAGGGGCUCCUAGGCCAUUUCCGCCAAUUGCUCGACGCGAGCCAUGUCUGGGUGGUGCUUGUCGCGACGGGUGUGGCAGUCGGAAUCAUCGCAGCAUGCAUUGAUAUCGCAAGCGAUUGGUUAGGUGAUCUAAAGGCCGGAUACUGCAGAAGUGACAGAGGAGGCGGCAAGUUUUAUCUCAAUAAGAAUUUUUGCUGUUGGGGCCAUGAAGCGCUAAUGUCUGCCCAAAAUCCAGAAUUUUCGCAGUGUAUUGGCUGGACGUCGUGGAGUAGAGCUUUGGGAAUAAAUUCCGCUGGCGGAGCAUAUGUGGUCGAAUAUAUUUUUUUCGUUGUAUUCUCCGUGCUUUUUGCUUCUUGUGCGAGCAUCCUCGUCCGCAAUUAUGCACCAUAUGCAAAACAUAGCGGAAUUCCGGAGAUCAAAACGGUGCUCGGGGGCUUUGUUAUGCGGCGGUUCAUGGGAGCAUGGACCUUGGUAAUUAAAUCGUUGGGUCUGUGUCUUGCUGUCGCCUCUGGCAUGUGGUUGGGGAAAGAAGGUCCACUGGUACACGUUGCUUGUUGCUGUGCAAAUCUGAUGAUGAAGCCAUUUGACGUUUUAAAUAGCAAUGAAGCAAGGAAACGGGAAGUUUUGUCUGCGGCGGCAGCAGCAGGCAUUUCCGUUGCCUUCGGAGCUCCCAUCGGCGGCGUUCUAUUUAGCUUAGAGCAAUUGUCGUAUUAUUUUCCUGAUAAGACCAUGUGGCAGAGUUUCGUAUGUGCUACGGUCGCCGCAGUCACUCUGCAAGCCUUGAAUCCUUUCCGCACUGGCAAGAUCGUGCUCUACCAGGUCACCUAUACCCGGGGAUGGCAUCGGUUCGAGAUCCUCCCGUUUGUGCUCCUCGGCAUUGUGGGUGGUCUCUAUGGAGGCCUAUUCAUCAAACUGAACAUGAAGGUGGCAAGAUGGCGCAAAUCGCGAGGUUACUCUAGUCCGGUCCUCGAAGUAGCACUAGUCGCCUUCAUUUCAGCAAUGAUUGACUUUCCAAACAAAUUUAUGAGGGCUCAGGCGUCUGAACUCGUCUACUCGUUAUUUGCCGAAUGUUCGACUUCUACAGACGAUCAACUGGACCUUUGCAAGACAGGUGCUGCAUCUGCUGGUGUAAUUGCUCUCCUCCUCCUUGCCGCUGUCUUGGGCUUCUUCCUGGCAUCCGUAACUUUCGGCCUGGAGAUCCCUGCUGGCAUCAUCCUCCCUUCCGUUGCUAUUGGUGCCCUUUACGGCCGCGCUCUCGGCAUCGCGUUCGAGAUGUGGCAGACUGCCUACCCGGACUUCUUUCUCUUUCGCAACUGUGAGCCUGACGUCCCGUGCAUCACUCCGGGAACAUAUGCAAUCAUUGGCGCUGCUUCAGCCCUAGGCGGUGCUACCAGAAUGACGGUCUCAAUAGUGGUCAUCAUGUUUGAGCUGACCGGCGCCUUGACCUAUGUGAUCCCCAUCAUGAUUGCAGUUAUGCUUUCUAAGUGGUGUGGUGAUACAUUUGGCAAACGAGGCAUCUACGAGUCGUGGAUCCAUCUCAAGGAGUAUCCGUUUCUGGAUCACAGGGACGACAAACCGCCGCCAGACGUCCCGGUUCACAAAGUCAUGACGAAUAUUGAUGAUCUCACUGUGAUUCCUGCAGUUGGUCAUACUAUCGAAUCUCUUAGAAAUCUUCUGGCGAAAACAUCUUACCGCGGAUUCCCUGUGGUGCUUGACACGUCUAAUCCAAUUUUGCUCGGUUAUAUAUCCAGGACGGAAUUAUCCUAUGCCCUAAAAUCCUCCACGUCACCCACUAACCUACCUCCGGAGACUCAGACUCUUUUCGUUCAUCAACCGUUUGCCGACCCGCUGGAGACGCUCGACCUUCGACCCUGGAUGGACCAGACUCCUAUUACUCUUAACAGCCACAUCAGCUUUUCGAUUGUGCUGAGCAUGUUCCAGAGACUUGGCUUACGCUAUGUGUUAUUUGUCAACAAAGGCAUUCUUCAGGGCCUGCUCACCAAGAAAGAUGUUUGGCUCAUACUCAACGGAGCUGAGACUCGUAGAGAGAAGGGCUUAGGAGAUGGAGUUUUAAGGGAAGGCAAUGCCGCAGAAGAGAUGGGUUUGCUAGCCAGUGACGACGGCAAUAGUGUGAUUAGCCCCUUGGAGAGCCGUCAAUCACUCUGA